AUGUAUGCUAUUACCAGGCAGCUUUCUUAUUGUGCGGUCAGAUCGGUCUUGUCGCAUUCUUGUGCCGUGUGAUACAAAUGGCCAAUUGUAGAAUCUACUAGUUUCAUUAUUCUGACACUGCAGAGAAUAACGACAAAUUCGUUGCUCGAGCGGGAUGGAACUCGCUUCUUCCGGUAUCUAGAUGACGUAAUAACAGGGAUUGGUAGCGAGUCGUAGCCAAUUCACGAAGUCGUCCCAGACUCCUCUAAGCAUUUUGGUGCUGCCUCCUUCGCAGGCCCUCGUUGUGUCAUGGGAAGGUCACGAUUUCGAGAGGGCCUGCGGAAUCUUGUAAAAUGAAUAAGUGUUGUUUUGAACCUGCUUCGUUAAAGAAGGCAGUUUUAUUCGUGCAAUGUUGGUGUGGACAACAAACCUUAUCGUUAAAAAAUGCUUCCUUCAACGUCCUUAGAGUCGCAAAUUUAAUUUACAAGCUUCACGCCGCUUUUUUUAUAUCUGUUUAUAUUCAAGAUUAUGUAUAAAAUUACUUGCUGACGUGACGCCGGCGCCAUUUUUUUUACAAGAUUCCGCAGGUCCUCGCCAGAUCGUGACCUUCCCAUGACGCAACGAGGCCCUGCGGAGGAGGCAGGUUUUGGUGUUUAACAGUGUGUGUGUGAUGUGUGGGAAAACAAUACCAAAAUUGAAUUGCGAGAGGAAAGGGCCAGAAAAGGACAGAAAACUUAUAUUAAAUUAUGUAAUAUUGUUUUUCUAUCAUAUUUUUUCUAACGAUGUAUCACUUUGCAGUAAACAAAUUGAUACCCAAGGAAAUAUAUUUCUGAUAUGGCCCUACAAAUAUAAGGCGUUUCCGAAAUUUGCCUAAAAGAUCUUGCAAGCAGGCAUCAAAAGGAAAAUCCGGCGGCGCGGUAACAUAAUUAUUAUAUCAAAUAUACAAUAAAGCUGGGGAUUUAUUACGUUUGUUAGACCUUGAGCGGUUUCCGAUUUCAUAAUUUCUCGAAGAAAGAUGUUCCCGUACCCCUGAAGCCCCUAUAGUAAUCUCCCAAAACCGGCGCAAGCUGAGAGGUCCUUGGAUGGAUUUUGGGUUGAAGGUUAUCAAGUUAAAACACCCAACGCACUUGGCUAGUUAGUAUUGUGACCCCUUGUGGCGAAUGCCAAAAAAACCCAGACAUACAGUAUAACGAAAUAAGUGAACGAUUCCAGUGCCAAACAUGCUAUCAGGAUAUAUUGCGAAUGAAAGUCAUCUAUAAGCACGCGUAUCUUUUGUCUUUCUUAAGCAGCAGAAUAUUUUUUAUUAUCAAUUUUAUGUUUUUAUCUCAUGCGAUCACAAUUUUAUUUGAGAUUCCUUCUUAACGAUUUUUAUAACAAGCUUAAUAGUUAUUAUAUAAAUCGGUGCCAAUUCUGCUGUUUUGCAUGAUGUAUAUUCUAAUUGAAGCAAAAUGAUGGCAGAUGGGUUUCUUAAUUCACAUUAAUCCUGGCAGUUUAUCUCAGAUUAUCUGAGGUUCAGAUGAAACGAUGUCUCACUAAUUUCCCUAACUAUUUAUGACGUAAAUAUGUUACUUUAGUAUAAAUUCUCAACCAGCUAGACACCAUGAUUACCUUAUAACUUUUCGCCCUUAUUGCAACUGUUUUCUGAAGACCCAGAGUACGAAGACGUUUGAGGUGUUUCAUACCUAAGUGUAAGUAUAGUAAGCUUCUUUGGUAAUUAGAUAUAUUUUUGAGGUAUUUCAAGGUAACUUUUAUGUCAAUAUGUUGGUCUAUAUAUAUUUUUAUAAUAUAUUUACUAGUGGUAUGCUCUUACUGACCAUGUAGAGGAAUUAUUGUCUUAGCAUCAUGCAUAUUCAAAUUAUUUUAUUUUAUUUUAGGACUUGUAAAUGAUAAAACUAAAUUAUCUUCAUCUAACCUCUUUUCCGAUAGUCGAACAUUUUACCAAUUAAAUAUAGAGUUAUGUAUAGGACAGUUUGCAAAUCUUUACGUACAGAAGCACCGCAAAUAUGGACUGACUUGUGGAUAUCAAACCCCAAACUGUUACUACACAUGGAGUGGACUUCGAUUACGUAUAAAAACCGUAAUAAAAGCUUACUCACCAGUGUUACUUACACUCAAUGAGUGGAAGUUUAAUCUGAGCUUCUCUCGAGUAUCAUUGCUGUUUUUGAAUAACUGGAGGGUUAGUGUCAUACCUUACUAUGUGACUACUCACCCUCCAGCUAUUCAAAAACAGCACUGACACUCAAGAGAAGCUCAGAUUGAACCUCCACUCAUUGAGUGUGAGUGUGAGUGAGCUUUUAGAAUACAGACGUUAGUAUUAACAUUCAGUCAACGAUUUCAUUGUUAUUGUGUACAAUUAUAGGUUAAACUGUACUGUAUAUAUAUUUGAUUAAUUUUAGAAGGUCCAGUGGACGAUUAGGUAUAUCGUAUAGGUAUAUUUAGGUAUAUAGGAUUAUAGGUAUAUAGCUAAACUGGCGUAUUUUGUGAAUGCUAAUAGUUUAUAGUUGUUUACUAUAUCUACGUGUGUCGGUGUGUAAUUGUUUGCUACUCUGAUAGCAUCGCUUAAAGAUCGCCAGAGGGAGUGCCCUAGGGGGUCUUACGUUAGAAAGCUAAAAGCUUUGCGAAUCCUGUGACAGUCUAGUGCAACAACAUCUCUCGUCAUCACACUUUUACCAGAAAACGUUUGAAGGAAAAUAGGACUGAUUAACGUCUUUCAACGAACUCUUUGAAAAGAUUUACACUGUCACACCAAACCGAGCAACUUUGAUAAACCAGUUUGAGGAAGGUCAUUCAUAAUUCACUAACGUCAUAUGGUUCAGUGCUAUCAAUAUCAAGCAUAGACUGAAUUUCUUGUUGGAAGGAAGUCUUUGUGCAGUACUCUUGACGCAUUCCCUGUAUCAAUAGAGCAUUGGGUUACACUCAAUUCUCUAAAAUCAGUCUUUCCUUUAGAAAUUGCACCCGAAUGUCAACUAAGUAGUUCAUUCAUAUAGACUUCAUCUUUUCUGUUGCUGUGUCAGGGAUGAAUUGUCUAUAUUGAUUAGUUCAGCAUUUUCUUGUGUUGUCUUUUCUUUUCUUACCAUGUCCGAAUCCUUGUUUUCUUGAGCGAUAUCGCGUCCAUCUUGUUUCCGUAUGUCGUGUUGUCUCGACACCACCUUGGCAUAUGUACUGGCAACAACUGUCAACUGUGGAUCUCUAAUAUCUUCUUGUCCAGUUUCUAGCAAGGGGCAUAGUUUAUCGAUUGUGUUUCCUCUGUAAAUCAUGACGGGCUUGGAAUGCUGGUUAAAAACUCGAACAUGCAGGAAUGGUUUAAAUGCUUCUAUUUAUACUAUAAUUUUAAUUUUUUAGUUCAAGCAAAGUAUACCAAAAGACAGUAACGUACGAUGCAGUGACUGGGAGAAGUUUCCACUUUCAAAAACGCAAGAAAAUUAUGCUGCCAUAGAUGCUUACGUGAGUAUACUGUAAUCAAAAUUUGAACAUCUGGUUUCCUACAUGCAUGUUAAUUGAAAAUGUUUACAAAUGUUGCCUCAUGUUCUGCAUCUAUGUGUGAACAUUUUUAAUUCGCAUUUCGCAUGCAUUGACUGAAUCAAAUUUUGUUGAAAUAUUUUUUGCUUGUAUUACACAGUUUCUUUCCCGGCAUAUCUGUAGAUACAGUCAUGGUAAAUUUUUUAAUUUCUCAUUCGUAGACCAACCUAACUUAUUUAGCUUUGAAAUGGGCAAUUUGCAUAUCCAAGUCCAACUGUUCGAAACUGUUCAGUUGAUCUAUUAACUUAAAAAUUUUCGCACAUAAAAAAUUGUUCUUUCUUAUAAGCUAAUUGACCAGACGGAAAACAAAUUAUUUAUUAUCAAAGUAAUAUUAAAUCCCAGCAUAGAAAUUGUACCACUACUCACCAGGUAGAAUUUCGUAUUGUUUGCAUGCAUGUGUUUAUAUAUACAAGUGCGUCAUCAUCAUGAACAUUUAAGCAAGCAUCGAAAUUCUGAGGGUCAAAUAAAAUAUUUAUCACCACAGCCAUAAAAUCAUAAAACAAACAUACAAAUAACGUUUGCCACAGUUCGUAAACAUAGACCCAGUACGAUAUAAGAUAUAUAGUUGUUGAAAAAUGAUAAUGCAUUAUAUGCCAUAAUUUACUGACAGUUGACGUCAUUGCGGUUUGAUAUAUAGGGAAAUUUGGAGUUGUCAAAUAUUGCCAUAUGGCGGAUCAUAGCUAUAGUUUUCGAAAUUUCAUAGUGCUUAUAAGAAUUCUAAGACUUUCUGAGGGGCUGCAGGUUUAUAUGAGGCGGGCUAGCUCGUCUAUCUGGCGUAGCCGUACGAGAGGGGGUGGUGGGGGAUGCUGGGGGCCGCAGUCAAAAAAGAAAUUGUAGUCAGGCGGGCUAGCCCAACCCCUAAGCGGUUCUCACAUUUGAAGAUCAUCUCAGUCACUUAGUCUAAUGAUUGAAGCUUGAUGGAAGUGAGGGAAAUGCACAGGGCCUAUUUUAGUGCGAACUAUUUCCUGCACUCUUUGUGAAAUGUGUGCAUGCAGUAUAUUGAAUGUGAAAGUGUGCAGUAUUGAUGAAAUUAUCAGUUUCAACUUCGUAUUGCACGCCUAUUGCAACGUUGAACACUGGCUCUGGCCAUAAAAGCGCAAAUAUAGAAGAAGGACUUCUCUCAGGAGAGGGGCUUCUCAAACACAGGAAAGGGGACGUGUGAUUCUAAAUCAUAAAAUAGACAGUUCUUCAAUUGAGAUUUGCUGCCUUUUAUAAAAUCUCCCUAAAACAGAGGAUCGACAUUUCAGAGACUUCAGAUUUCUUAAAGGGGAGUCCCUGGGGGAACGGAAUUUCCUCAUAAGUUGUAAUUGUGGUUAUAUGGUUUAUAGUGUAGGCGAAAAACAGAAUGGGAAACUGCUCAACCUGAGCUGAAAACAAACCAUCUGACCUUCAAGUUGGUUUUCGUGAACCUCUGAGUUCGAAGCACUAUACUAGAUUUUUUUUUCAUUUUGCAUUUUGACAUUUAAUGGUGACAUGAAGUAUACUGUUCUAUAGUAUAUACCUUUUUUGUAAUAUGCGUACUCUUUCAACAAUAUUAUAACAGCCGUUGCUAUGGCAACAAUGACGUUUCAAUAUGGCGGAUAUUUUUGGUUUAAUUAAAGUAAUUUAACUCGAAAAUAAGGUCGGUGACCGUGACAUGGUUUCUUUCUGACAUGAGUUCGAUUUUUAUCUGAUGUUUUGUUAUAUUAACAGGACUAGAAAACGGUUCCCUUGUUCUACCGAGGUACUAUGGACCUUGUACUGAUUAAUUUUUGUAACGCAGAUCGGCAGAUGUGUUGGCAGACUGCAAACACCUUCGGGCAAGUCUUCUAGAUCAUAUUACUCCAUUAACCGCCAUUUAUAGCUUUGCUUAAAUUGAUUAUUUAAUAAAGUUGAAUAUGUUAGAAACAGACAAGUAGUUAAACUAUCGAACAACUGGAGACUAAGCAAGACAACAUUCUAGAAAACAAUGUAAGUUGAUAUGUCUGAUAUAGGAUGUGAUAAGUUAUAAACAGGAGCACAUGCAGGAAAGAUUAUUGAGUCGAUCGAGCAAUAUAAGAAGAUUAUAGCUAAACACUCGUUUACGACUGUAAUCUGUUUAAGAGGUCUUUAUAAAAUUGGCUCCACGGCAGGUGGGAAUUUACAGAUUAUGUUAUCCCAAUGAAAAUAUCCAUCAAUAAAUUGAUGAAAGAAAAGUGAUUUUGAUUUGUUUUGCAUUACUGAUUACGCCAUGUAGAUGGCUGAAUCUUUUCAUAUGCAAAUUUCUCUCUUUCAUGUUGUCGUUGAAGUCUGUUAUAACUCCUGAAUAGUUGGAUCGUCCAAGUACGUGACAAUUCUCAAGUUCUUUUAUCACCUGUCUAUUACACCUAUCUAUUGUCUACACUGAAAACAGAUUACCCGUCUUCUCAUCCUCACUGAAGUAUGAUGAAUGGAGGACAGCCAUAAUGUAAAAAUGUGUACUUUCAUGUUUUUUUGUCAUCUCAUUUUCUCCCCCUUCUCAACUCAUGAGUCAUGACUUGUUGUUUCUAUCCGCGACAUAAUUACCAUAUCGUUUGGGGCUAAUUCCUUUCUCGGUGUUUUCUCAAAAUAUUUGAAUCUACGUCAAUCAGAUGUUAGUUAUUUUUGGAUUUUUCCUCCAUACAUCCUGUCGCUCUGACUGGAUAGUUAUUAAUCUUUCUUGGAAUGAAACUUGUCCAUCAUGGACAUGGUGUUCAUAUGACUAAAUAUCAGGAUUGUGGGUAUCUCACUCAAUAGAAAUAAUUGUUGAAGAUUUUGUAGAUGGAAAUUUCGAGUGGAAUUUUUUAUACAUUUGUUAUAGACCUAACCAGGAGCAGUUGCGAAAAAUGCAACUAUAUAGACCCUCUGGCAGGAAUCGAGAAAUCAAAUAUACCAUCUCAGAUGUCUACGUUGACUACGUGUAAGCCUAAGAUAAAUACCUAAGAUAAAUACCUAAGAUAAAUAUUGAACGUUUUAUGAACUCCUUUGCAAAUCGCCUUAACUUUAAACUAAAUCUUGCCAUUUAAUAAUGAAACUAUUAUGACCUGUAUAUUAAAUUGAGUAUAUUCUGCUUUUAAUUGAUGUAAAUAUAGGAAAUUAUAUCUUUACAAUAUUUUGUAACAUAGAAUAUGUAUUUUUUUUAUUCUAUGCAAUUGAAGACCUAUUCAUUGAUUUGUUUGAUUGAACCUGCAGACCUGCGAUUCCGGUGCAGCGCUAGAACCAACUCCAUUUUGUAAAAUAACCAUUUGUCGAGCUCUGACCGCAAGUUCGUGUGUGAAUAUACUAAGGUGAUGCCAAUGUUAGGUGUAUGGGUAAAUAUCAGGAUUUGGGCAAUUGGGGCAUCUCACUCGAUAGAUAUGGAAUGUUUACUUGCUACUUGGCAUGAACUAGACUUUCCCAAAGUCUUUACCGCUUGCUAUUCGAGAUCGACUUGUGGGCAAGUCUACUUGGCAACAUGAAUAUAGAUUUAUCAGUGUCGAACGGUUGAUGCGAGCGUGGGUAGCGACGAUAACAAGACAGCUGGAUUGAGAUACAACUACCUAAAAAUUUUAAAGCAGAACUUCGACGUUUUGAGCGAAGACCCUUCGUCGGGAGUUUCUGCUCAUUUUCAGGUAGUUGCAUGUAUCUCAAUCCACAGCUGUGUCAUAUACGCCCACGAUGUGUAUUUUUACUCUAUAUUUCUCGUGCUUUGCCUGUGGAAUUUCCCUCUUUGAUUUUCCUAUUUUUGCGCUCAAUGUCUUUGGAUUUGCUGCCUUUAUAAGUCCUUGAGUAGUAAGUCCUUGACUAGUGGACUACUCGGCGAGAAAGGUUUUAUUAUUUUUUUGUUGAACUUUCAUUGAAACAAUACAAGAAAUACGUCCUCUAUACAGUAUAAUGUUUUUCACAUGUGUCGUGUACUUAUCUAUAGAUAGAGCUGUGACCUCUUCCCGGAUAGAAAUAAACAAUUAGCCUCUCCCACGCCACCUAUUACGCUUCGCAUCUAAUAUCUAUCUUUUAUAUAUCGUGUAUCGACCAUCUUUUUUUAGACCCUACUGUAGCUGACUCGUUCCCAGUCGCUCAUCCCGCAUUGAAUGAUGGGAAGUUGUUCAGAGCAUUGGUCAAACAGCCCAAAAGUGCAGAAAAUGGUGCUUCUGUGACCCCAAACUGUUACCGGACUACCCCCACCAAAUUAGUCAUAUUUGCAUAAACAUUUUUUAUUUGUCCUAUUUGAGAGAUUUGGCUUUGCUCACACACCCCCCCCCCCCCUCCCCCCAGUGAAAAUUGCAAUUACAACCACGUGCAAGGCAAUUAUACACCUACAAUCUACCUGGUUUUGGACUGAACGUCCCCUUCGCUCGUAGUGAAGCAAUACCUGUUGGCUUUGAAGCAUGUCUCGCAACUUUCUCCACAUCUAGAUUUCGCGAGUGCAUGCACCAUCGUGACUAAAAGCCAUAAUAACCAACUUAAACUCCUACUUUCUAUACUCCUUUCAUGUGGUGAUAUCCAAAUUAAUCCUGGCCCUAUAUUGAAGUACUCUUGUAAGAUAUGCAGAAAGUCUAUUAAGUCCAACGUUCAAUCCAUCCAAUGCGAAGAGUGCUCAGUUUGGUACCACACUAACUGUUGCAAUGUAAACACCCCAAUACCCUGUCCGACUCCUGCAUGUGGAUUUGUAAUCAAUGUGACGUCCCUAAUUUCUCUACAUCUCUAUUGAACAAUCAUCUCAAAACGCAUCAUUACUCUCAAACUCGUUCAGCGCCCUUGAUACAGCUAUUUUUCAAGCACAAACAGGAAACAUUUUCGCGGUUUUUUUUACGUUUGAAACGGGGCGUUUACCGUUGGAAACUGAAAUGUAUUCACCGCUCAUGUGAUGUGUCACAGUGAAAAGCUUUCAUGCAGCUAUUUUUGGUGCAACUGUCAUGUUUUGAUGUGCUUCCGUGCACGUUUCAAUAUUUCCAAGCCCAUGAUAAUACGUUCUAGUCACAAAAAGUAUGAAUGUAAACAAGUUUGGUCGCUCUUACAAUAUCGUGAGCUUGGAAACACGAAAGCACAUCAGAACAUGAAAAAUAACUGAAUUAGGCUUUGCACUGUAACACGUCACAUGAGCGGUGAAUGCAUUUCAGUUUCCAACGGUAAACGCCCCGUUUCAAACGUAAAAAAACGCGCGAAAAUGUUUGCGGUUUGUGCUUGAAUGCAAAUAGCUGUAAUCAAUCAUCACCGCCGGCUACUCCGUCUCGAGAUUCUAAUACUGUAUUCGCUUCAACCCCUGAUCCAAUACCUAAGCCUAAACGAGUCAAGCGGCUAAACGUCGUCUAAAAGGAAUGAUCAUCAAUUGUAACGGUUUGAAAAGUACAUCCCGUUUCACAGAAUUUCAAGCUUUACUUCACCUACACAACCCUGAUGUUGUUCUAGGAACUGAAUCCAAGCUACACAAUGAUAUACCCACUUACUCUGUAUUUCCAUCCAACUACACUGUCUAUAGAAAAAGACAGAAAUGCAAAUGGUGGUGGUGUUUUUCACGCUGUUAAAUCCGAUACUGUAUGCGAAGAAUGGCCAAAAUUCGAUGCGAACUGUGAAAUUCUUUGAUCCUCAGUAAAGUUCCAGAAUUCCAAGAAAUUAUACCUAGCAUCCUACAGACCUCCCAACUCCUCUUCCGAAGCCCUUGAUGAGCUCUAGAAAUCUAUAAACUGUGUGUUUGAUUUGACUAAUCAUCAUCCAAAUAUCAUUCUAUAGGUGGUGAUUUUAACCUUGGAGACAUCAACGGGAAAUCUGAGUCACCAGAACUUUCAAGUGAAAUCAAUUCCUUAUACAUCAUAAGAAACUUCUCCAGACACUUGACGAUUUUCCCUUAAACGUCACAUCACGUUACCUACUCGUCCAGCUUCUAACAAAACCUUGGACUUGUUAUUGUCUUCAUUCCCUAAUAAUGUAUCUAAUGUUUCGACCACGUUCAAACCUCCGCACAAAAAGUUUUCAUCUAUAAGAAAGCUGAUUUCACAAAGCUUGAUGAAUUUAUGUCACAUGCAUCGGAAAACGUUUUCCUAUCUAGUCCUCAACAUAACUCUGUAUCUGAAAACUGGUUCAAAUUUAAAUUAACCUUGACAAAAGGUAUUCAAGAUUAUUUUCCUCACAAGAAAUCUACGCCUAAGUAUAAACUUCCAUGGAUAACCUCUGCUAUCAAACGGCACAUGCGGCUGAAAGAUCGCCUACAUAAAAAACUCUCGAAUCCUACAAACCUAAACACUAGGAUGAGUUCAAGAAAGAACGAAACUUAGUCUCUCGUCUCGUCAACCAAUCUCACAGUAGUUAUCUGAAUGACGUUAUUGGCGCAAGCUUAGAUACCAUUCCAAAGAAAUUCUGGUCGUAUGCACGCACAAGUAAAUCUGAGAGCUCUGGCAUACCUCCAUUAAAAUUCAACGACAAAUUAUGUGUUUCAGAUAAAUCAAAAGCUGACGCCCUUAACUCCCAGUUCCAUUCAGCAUUCACCCGUGAGAAUACUCCAAUUCCAAAUAAACUUCAAUCUCCAUACACCUCCAUCUCAGACUUGAUAAUCAACUCCCAAGGUGUAGCCAAGCAACUCUCUGAACUUAAUCCCAGUAAAGCCUGCAUGUGGUCCUGAUGAAAUCCCAGCUAGAAUCCUUAAAGAACUUUUUCCAUCAAUUUCGCACUGGCUUUGUUUCAUUUUCCAACAAUCCUAUGACAAAGGUCAAAGGCUCUUGUUUCUGCUGUUUUUAAGAAGGACUUAAAAUCCAACCCAGCCAACUACCGUCCAAUCUCUCUGACGUGUCUGUGUUGCAAAGUCGUGGAACAUAUCAUUCUUAGCCAUGUUUCAAAGCACUUGGCAUAUCAUGAUAUUCUAAUUAAUGAACGACACGGAUUUCGCAAACUAUUUUCGUGUGAGACACAACUAAUUACGGCAAUCAACGAUUGGGCAAAAAGUAUCAACCAAAAGAAACAAACCGAUGUGAUUCUCUUAGACUUCAGUAAAGCCUUUCAUUCUGUUCCUCAUCUUCGUCUGAUGUCCAAAUUAGACCAUUAUGGUAUUAGAAGACUUUCCGCCAAUUGGAUCAAGGCUGGAGUACCUCAAGGGACAACUCUCGCACCUGUCUUAUUUCUUCUCUAUAUAAACGAUAUUUCUGAAAAUAUUAAAUCCCAAAUUCGCCUGUUUGCUGACGAUGGAAUCAUUUAUAUUAAUAACGAUCAGGACCACGUCACUUUACAAGAGGAUUUAGACCAUCUAAAUAAUUGGGCUAACAAGUGGCAACUAAAUUUCAAUUUCUCAAAAUGCUGCUUUGUAUUGUAUUGUAUUGUAUAUAUUUGUUUUGCCCACAAAAGAUAUGUACAAAGUAAUGUAGAAUAUUUGCAAUAGUAUACGUGGGCUAGGAACUUUUGGAAAUCCUGUUGGACUUUUAGAUAAGGCCCCUAGUUUUGAAAAAUCAUUUCUAACUAACAAUUACUACAAAUGUAGACAAAUAAAACAGUAUAUAUUACGAUUAUUUACAUAAAAAUAGUUAAAAGAAUAAAGAUAUAAAAGUUGACAUUAUUUUUACAGUAUUUGCAUUAAGCAGAUAGUAAGUAAUAGGAUUUUAUUUUUUUCUUAAAAGAGAAAUAUGAUUUGAUAUUUUUGAUAUUUUCAUUGAGAUAAUUCCAUAUAGAGACCCCUUUGUUAAACACAGUAUAUUUACGAUAAUUAGUUCUUUGAAAGUUCAUGUGUAACUUAGUGGAAUUACGUCUAAUUAGGCUACCAUGCACCUAGGAAUUACAAAUAAACGUGCCCCUGAAAAAUAUAGCUAUGUGAUGAAUAAUCAAAUCAUUAGCAGAAUAUCUUCUACGAAAUAUACCUGGGCAUUACUAUAAACCACAACUUGAACUGGAAUAAACAUUGUGACAUCAUAUGUAGUAAGGCAAAUAGCACUCUUGGCUUAUUUAGAAGAAUCCUUGGUGAAUGUAGCACUGUUGUUAAGUCAAGAGCGUAUACUAGUCUUGUCCAUCCACAAGACCACAACUUGAAUAUGUCUCUACAGUCUGGAACUGGUUCAAAGCAGAGCUGCUAGAUUUGUCUUUAGUGACCGACCACCUGGGUUGGGACAGUCUCCAACAUCGGCGACUGCUACACCAAGCCACUAUGUUCUACAAGAUCCAUCAAGGCCUUGUUGGAAUAUACAAUUACUUUAUGGUUUCCGUGUUUGGAUGCGGAAACCAUAAAGUAAUUGUUUUAUAAAAUAACAACUUUCCUUGUUAAAUUUCACUUUAAUUAAAAAACUUUCACUUUAUAUUAAAUUUCCGUGUUUGGAUGGCCUGAUCCAAACACGGGUUUCGCCCAAUCAGAGCACGCGUUAUAUACAUGUUAUUUUAUAAUCAGUCUUCCUGAUGACGUGUGUCUUCUGACUAGAGCAUCCAGGCUGCCUAAUAUCUGUCUUUACCGCCAGAUUCAGUCGUGUGUCAAUGUAUAUAAGUUUUCAUUUUAUCCAAGAACAAUCGUUACCUGGAAUCGCAUCCCAUUCAAUCUUUGCCAAUCAACCUCAAGUUUCAAAACACUUGCCAUGCCUUCAAUUAAGUCACUUAAUGUAGCUAAUUAGUCAGUAUCGUUUUGAAUCGUUUGUAUUGUACUAUAUGUUCGUUUUGCAGUCUUAUGUUGUUGUUAAUACUAAUAGCAUAUAACAGCAACAUUCUAAUUACCGCCUAAUAUACAGGGUGUCUAAAAAAAAAACGCUAUGGAAAUUCAACAGGUUGUUGCAGUGCCGUAGCCAGAACGAUAAUUGGGGGGGGCGGAUAUUCAUAUAUUCGUGUUCUGCUUUAUUAAUUUCUUUUGAAAUCAAUUGUUUUAUGGUAUGUGAAUACGAAUAUUUGCCCCCCCCCCCAAUUAUCGUUCUGGCUACGGCACUGGGUUGUUGUGCAUCACAAACUUAACUAAACAAGUCAAUUUUUACAUAGGACGAAAGAGCUGUUAUUUAGCUUUUCUAUGAUAUAUUUCUUAAACCGUAACGAUGAGAAAUGGCCACAUACUCGUCAAAUAAAAAUUUUCGGUCGAAAUCACAUUCAUCCACCGUUGGGAAUUGAAAAACAUUAAUUAUGCAAAGUUAAUCAAUCCAAAAGCACCGCGAGUCUGCUGCAAGGUACUUGUUUCGUAAAACUUUUUAAUUACGAAUGUUCUCUGUUCAGUGGUUAAUUGAACCAUGUUUUAAGGCGGAUUUCCAGUCCUCGCACGAAGCUCCUCGCAACUCGCUGCGAGUGCUUGCAUCUAAUUAAAAUGAACUGUUUAGCAUUGUGAUUGGAUGAAAGUGCUCAUGCAUCACUCGCAGCGAGCCUCGCUGCGAGGAGCUUCGUGCAAUCGUGCGAGGACUGGAAAUCCGCCUUAAUCAAUAAUGACGUUCUUAUUGUCUGACGAAGAUUGUCGAGUUGAGCUUAUUUUAGAUAAUUUAACAUUCAAUUUUAAUUCCCUCUUGGGAAUUGUUUAUGUUUCGUUUUCCAUGCAAUUCCCAACGGCAACGGUGGAAGAAUGUGAUUUCGACCGCCAAUUUUAAUUUGACGAAUAUGUGGCCAUUUCUCAUCGUUACGAUUUAAAAAGAGUAUCAUUCAAAAGCUAAAUAACUUUCUUUCGUCCUAUGUAAAAAUUGAAUUGUUUAGCCACAUUUAUGAUGCACGACAGCCUGUUGAAUUUCCAUAGCGUUUUUUUUUAGACACCCUGUAUGUGCCAUACAGUGAUUAUGAAGUCUUUCUUGUAAAUAACUAUAAUUAUUAUCUAGUUUUUCAGUAUAUAAGUAUAACUCCUCCUUGUGUAUAGUAUAAUACUGUUUUAGACGUAUUUCAUUAAAGCAUUAAAACACCAACCAUGCACGCGUGCACUGUUCCAUGAACCAGUUAAUAUCUCAAAUUCUUUACAUAACUUGAGCAGAUUUGACCUCUACAAAGUUUGUAGGUAGCUCGUAUUACCCGUCCAUGCAAGUCUAAUUCGAGGAAAGACUACUUUCAGCUUUUCAUUUGGACAUUUGGUGUCAGACGAUUUUUUAAAAAAGUGUUAAGAUAAAAGACGUCUGGUUUUUAAUCGGCCUUAAUAACAGUCAUAAAAUAUCUUAAUUAAAUACUAUAAUUUAUAUUUAAAUGGUCAAACAUACUUUUUAGGUUGGCUAUGCAAUAUACAUGAAACUGGCUGAGUUAGAGUAAAGUCAAAAUCGUCAUCUAGCAAGAUUGUGAAGUAUCAGUUGACAUAUAUCAAGAAAGAAUGCUGGAGUAAUCAACACUCAGCAGAAUAUUUAGGAUAUAUCGUUAAAUUGACGUAAAAAAUAACCUUUUGGAAAGCCUGAGGAAAGUUAUACCAAACAAGACUCUUCUUCAUUUUUCUCUGCCUGUGGACUUCUGUUGCAGGUGCGUCUGUAUAUAUUGU